AUGGGUGAAACUAAUAAUAUAACUGAUGAACAAUUAAAUGAUGAAUGUUCAGAUGAAACUAUCAUUUUGAACGUUGGUGGUAUUAAAUAUGAAACAUAUCAAUCUACGCUCACUGCAUACCCUGAUACAUUUCUCGGAACAAUGUUUCAGAAAAGAAAUAGGUCAUUAUUAAUUCCAAGGAAUGGUAAUGAAUAUUUCUUUGAUCGUUCCGGACAAAUCUUUCAUUAUGUUAUGCAAUUUUAUCGAACAGGAAAAUUAAAUCUUGAAAAUCAAUUAGAUUCAGUAUCAAUAACACCAAAAGAAAUAGAAAUCGAACUGGACUUUUUUCAAAUUCCACGUCCAACAUCUAUUGAUAAAAUUGCAAUUACAAAAAUUAGAAAUUUAAUUAACGCAUUCAAUCAAUUAAUUAGUAAAGUUGUAGAAAGUUAUUUGAAAGAAUCUUCCUUUAAAACAGAUAUUGAUGUACUUUUUCUUAGUAAUGGACAAGCUACUGUUCAUGCUUUAUUAGAUGAAAAUAAUUUAUCUGAUGUAUUUUUAGACACAAAACGUUAUGCAUACAAUAUAAUGACCCUAUAUAAGGAUAUAAUUAAAGAACGUCUUGAAAAUGAAUAUCCGGAAUUAACUUGGGUACAUCAGCAUAAUGGAGAGGAUUUACAAUAUUGGAAGAUUAAACUUUCCAUUUCUUGGACUUUGAAUAAAGAAAAAAUCAUAAAAAAUUUGUAA